AUGGAGCAACUUGCAAAACUCCUCCUGUGGCAAAUUUUGCUUCAGCAAAGUAAAAUUUUGCUGCUUGGCUCCGAUGCCUCCAACCCCUCCAGCGUGGUGGUGUCUGUGCUGAACAUCAGCGCUGUGCUGGGCUCCCAGGCUGUGCUGCCCUGCAAGAGCCACCGCAUGGUUUGGACCCAGGACCGCCUCAACGACCGGCAGCGCGUGGUGCACUGGGACCUGCUCAGCUCCUACUAUGGGGACAGCAGGAUGGAGAGGCUCUGUGACAUGUACUCGGCUGGGGACCAGCGUGUCUACAGCUCCUACAACCAGGGCAGGAUCCUCAUGCCCGAGAAUGCCUUUGCAGAUGGGAAUUUCUCGCUGGUGAUUAAAGGUGUUGCAGAGAGCGAUGAAGGCACAUAUUCCUGUAAUCUUCACCAUCACUACUGCCACUUGUACGAGACUGUGAAAAUCCAGCUGGUCGUUGCCAAGAGAGCACCAGCAGAGCCUGCAUACUGGGACGGCGAGAAGCCGGUGCUGGUGGCCCCGGAGGGCAGCACGGUGACUCUGCCGUGUGUGAACCGCCAGCACAUCUGGACGGAGCGGCACAGCGAGGAGGAGCAGCAGGUCGUGCACUGGGACCGGCAGCCCCCCGGCGUGCCCCAGGACCGCGCUGACCGCCUGGUGGAUCUGUACGCGUCCGGAGAGCGCCGCUCCUACGGACCGCUCUUCCUGCGGCAGAAGAUGAACGUGAGCCGCGGAGCCUUCGCCCUCGGGGAUUUCUCCCUGCGGAUCUCGCACCUGGAGAGCGCCGAUGAAGGCACCUAUUCCUGCCACCUGCACCACCACUACUGCGGGCUGCAUGAGCGCAGGAUCUACCACGUGUCCGUGAUGGAGCCGCAGAGGGAGACGAAGGUGGUGAACCUGACCAGGCACGGGACAGCCCCGGCUGCAGAUCCAAACGUGGUCAGGGGCCACAAUGUCAUCAAUGUCAUCAUCCCUGAGAGCAGGAUGCACUUUUUCCAGCAGCUGGGUUACAUCCUGGCCACUCUGCUGCUCUUCCUCGUCCUCCUCAUCAUCGUGGUCCUGGUGACGCGCAGGCGCCGGCAGAGAGGUUAUGAGUACAACGUGAAGAAAUAUGGCGAGAAGGAUGUGAAUCUUAAAGAGUUUACAGUGGACACGACAGAUCUGACCCCACACAGAAGUGAAGACAUCAGGCUGGAUUACAAAAACAACAUCCUGAAGGAGAAGGCUGAGCAAGCCAGAAGCUUCCCAGCAAAGAACAUUGAUUUAGACAAAGAUUUCAGGAAGGAAUAUUGUAAAUGAAGAUACUCCCAAGCUGCUGGCUGGACCAGAAGCUUCCAUCAGAGAUAGAUA